AUGGACUACCAGAACCGCGCGGGCUCCAAAUUCGGCGGCGGCGGCGUAGCCUCCCACUCCGCCACCAACGCCGACCGCCGCGAGCGCCUGCGCAAGCUCGCCCUCGAGACCAUCGAUCUCGACAAAGACCCUCCAUCAAAACGACGGCUCCUACCUCGCCCCACCCAAGGCAAGAAGCAUCAAACGAACCUCGCCCGUCGCGCCGCCCGCGAACAAAAAGAAGGCAAAGGCGAGGUCGACCCCCAAACGGGUCUCCCCGUCGGUGUCGUCGGCGCCGGUUUCGCUGCGCUCGGCCUGGGCGCGGGAGGCGUGCGCAAGAACGUGGUCAAGAUCGGCCGUCCCGGAUACAAGAUCACCAAAGUACGCGACCCCAUCACGCGCCAGCAAGGGUUGCUGUUCCAGCUGCAGUACCCGGACAUUGCGACCGGUGUUACCCCGAAAUGGCAGGUCAUGAGCGCGUUCAGCCAACGGGUGGAGGAGCCAGAUAGGAAUUAUCAGUACCUCCUUGUCGCGGCGGAGCCGUACGAGACGUGCGGGUUCAAGAUCCCGGCGCGUGAGCUAGACAAGCGCGAGGACAGGCAGUUUGAGUUUUGGGACCCGGAUAGCAAGGAGUACUGGGUGCAGAUCAUGUUUAUGACGGAGCGCGAGGAGAGGUUUAAUGCGGCGCCUGGGUUGACGGGGAGGAGGUGA